AUUCAGAAAUGGUUUUUCAGUGGUUGGUUAUUAACUAGAUUAUUUGUUAUAAAUUGAAUGACAUCAAUAAAAUACAAUACCUAUUUUUUUAAUUCAGUUCAUAGGUAUUAUACAAACUUUUAUUAGAGCGAACUGCGAUAAGAUUAGGGUACAUAAUUGGGGAGGUCCAAAUACGAAGCAAUGGCAUUAGUUGAACAUGGAAAAAUUCUUGAAUUUCUUGAAUUAGUUGGUCGUCUGAAGCAUAUUAAAAGAACAGGCUGGGUUCUGUGUGAUAUAAAUGAUUGCGAAACCAUUGCUGGCCACAUGUAUAGAAUGGGCCUUAUGACAUUCCUACUAACUGAAGAAAAUAAUCCAACAAAAUUAGACCGAUUUAAGUGCCUGCAAAUAGCACUUAUCCACGAUUUAGCAGAAUGUAUUGUGGGAGACCUGACGCCUCACUGUGGAGUUGCACCUGAAGAGAAACAUAGAAGGGAGGAAGAAGCUAUGAAACAGAUUGCUGAACUCACUGGUAUAGCUGGUGAUAGGAUGUAUAAUCUCUUUAUGGAAUAUGAAACUCAAAGUUCUCCAGAAGCAAAGUUUGCAAAAGAUUUGGACAGAUAUGAUAUGAUUCUGCAAGCUUUUGAAUAUGAGAAGAGAGAAAAUUCUCCAAAAAUAUUAGAAGAGUUUUUCACUGCAACAUAUGGAAAGUUUAACCAUCCGUUUAUUCAAGAUUUGGCUAAGGAGCUCUAUAAGCAACGUGAUGAAUUUGCAAAGAAUCAUUUGGCUAAAGUAACAACAUCUUAAUUAUUUUUUUAUUGUUUAUUAUCACUGGGUUAAAAAGUUACCUAGGCCUACUUUAUUAUAAAUAAUGUAGGUAAUGCAUUAUAAUAUAUUCAUUUCAUAUAUUAAUAUAAGAAAAGAAAUGAAAAUGCAGUGAUAUAUUUUCCAAAUACAUAAUAUGGUACUUAAACAUAUAAAUCCUAUUUAUAAAAGUAUGUAUUUUAAGUAGUACAAAGCUUUGAAAGCUCAA